AUGGGCAGCCGACUCCUCAGCCCCAGCGCCUAUCCUGCGCCCUGGUGGGGAACGCAACCCGAAGGACCCGGACCCGCCAAGCGCCGCCGAAUUGAGGAGCCCGCGGGCCUUGAGUCCGGGGCUGCGCUCAGCCCGCGAGACCCGGCGGGGCCCCCGGCCGAGGACGCGCUCACUUCCGUGGUGGCCCUGGCUCCGGGCUGUGCCCUGCAGCUGCACCUGGAUGGCGUGGACCUGGUGCUGGAGCCCGAGCCAACGUCGGUCCUGCAAGUGUCUCUCGGAGGGCACACCCUCAUGCUGGUCCCCGAUGCCCUCUUGGGCUCCAGCGACGAGCGCCACGUUCCCGUCCUCCUGGAUGCUCCCGGGGAAGACGUCGCCAUCCAGCAGCGAUUCUUCUGCGCACGCGUCCCAGAGAUCGCUGGUCAAGAAGCGGCCUACAGCGAGGACUCGGACCUCGAGUUCCUGACUCCUGGGAUGGACCCUGCAGCCGGCUCAGCCUCUGGAAGGGUGUUCGACCCCUACCCGCACAGCCUCAUCAGAGUGCCCUCGCCUCGGGCCCCCACCCCCAGUCCUGAGAGGCGCUCUCCUGGUCCCUACUUCAACCUGGACCUCCACCUUCUGGAGCCCUUCCCCAGCUCACCACUCCAACCUCUACCUCCGUCUCCGAGUCCAGGCCCCCAGGCGCGCCCCCAGCGCCUUCCUGGUCCUGCUCCCAAGGCCCGGAGACGCCUGUUCCCGGAAUAA